UAAAACGAAAAACCUGUUAGAGUGAACAUCUAUAGAUAAAAAAAAAAAUUAAAAAAAAAAAAUCAAAGUUAAAAUAACUAAUAAAGGUAUGGAAUAUUAAAAGAUAGUUUUCGCAAUUGUUCGCCGCCGCCGUCGAAUAGCGACAGUUAAACUGCCUACCACCCUUGCAAAAGAAACAAUUGCUCUCCUUCUCUUUCAUUCAAAACUUUCACUUUAAACAACUUUAAUGAAUUAAUUAAGAGAACCGUUUGAUUAGUAAAACGAAAGAGAGAAAAAAUCGUUUAUUGUGUUUUCCCUUUUCUUUUUUUUUUUUUUUUGGAUAUUUGAAAAAAAGAGAGUUUAUUUUGACUUUAGUUUUAAUACGUUCAUAAUAAGAAGAAGAGUAAAGUAUCUAAGACUAUAAAAAUCACUUUACGUAAGUGUCCUGAUCACGCUUCCUUUUUAACUCAAUAAUCGAGUGAAACGUUUUUGUUUGCAAAGUCGUUAUUGCCUAAUGGCAAGUAGUUCGUUCAAUAAAACGAGACACAGGCGCAGAUUGGCUGCGAUCUCGUUUCUAUCGAAUAUAUCAUUAGAUGGCACACAUAGGGAUACUAAACUUGGAGCAACAAUUGGCAUCUGUGGCGCAGCAGGUGCAGCCUAUAACGCAACGGCAACGGGAUUACAACAACGUCGUAGAACAGCAAGUGUUGCCAGUGGUAAAACGCAACCAUUACGUGGGGGAGGCGGCGUUAGCGGAGCAGGAAUCGGUUUUAAUGGAUUCUCUGACAGUAAUGUCAGCAUUUCAAAUUUGGAAUUGGAAUUAUUCGGUCAACAAUAUCAAGCAAAUGGUGAUUUAUUACAACAACAACAACAACAGCAGCAGCAGCAGCAGCAAAAUUUUUAUGGGAAAACACCAACGCAACAGCGACAAUAUCAACCCAAUCAUAAACGCAAUGGCAGUCUUGGCACCUGUUCAUUUUCAUCUCGUACCGCAACCGCGUUUCAGCAAUCGCAUAGCAGCUCUCAAGCUAUUAUCGGUUCGGAUUAUCAAUUGGAUUUAUCCGGUACUUCCUCGGAUGGCUGCAGCAGCGGCGGUGUCGGCCUUAUUGGCGGCGACGGCAGUAAUGCUAGCAUCGAUGGUGAUGGGCAUUUUAGUGAAAUUGAAAAUAUGGGUCACAACUUGAUAAAUGCUCGGCCAGCAAGCGCUAAAAGCGAUGGUACAGAUAUGCAACAACAGCAAAAACAGCAAAAACAACAAUCAACAGCAAUGUCAUUGUUGGUUAAAGCUGGCGACAAAGCAUCUAAAAUUGUGUCUGUGGCAGAGAAACGUAAUGUUAAACGUUCAGCCACCUCGUCUUCGUCAACAACAGCUUGCAACGGUGGGAGCGGUAACAAACAGCGACAGCAUCAGCAACAGAAGCAACAUCAUCAUAUCGCUGGCGGUAGUGGUUCAGGAGCCGAAAGUGGCAGCGAUUCAGAUAGUGUUAAGAUACCAAUGAAGGUAUCCAGUAUAGGUGCAGGCAUACUGAUGCCGUUACGUGAACGGACAUUUAGCAAUGGUGCAAAUGAUGCCCAUAAUAUUUUACCCGAACGACGUUCACGUCUUAAUACCGCACUAGGUAUACGUAGUGCAAAUAGUAAUCAACAACAACAACAACAGCAACAGAUCACUACUUAUGGUGGUGGUACGAAACGUCCGUAUAACAUCAUCAACUCCACGAUUUCGCACGUAACGGAUGACAGCAGCACUGAAAGUUUAACGCCAGGAAGUUUGGCAAGCGGUGCUGGUGGUGGCAGUGGUUCAUUUACAAAUCGUGGUGGAAACAGUGGCAGCACAAGUGCUAUUGCUAAAACAGUUCAUAUUAGCGAUGCGAAAGACGUACGUUACAUGAAUGUUCAUUCGCACAAAAAGCAUCAAUAUAAAGAAGAACGUGUCGUAUUGGUCUCACGCAAGGUGCCAUUUUUCAUAUUUUCAGCUUUGCCAUAUUAUAAAGGUAAAAAUGGAAGAUCCGAAUUGCGUAAAGAAGGUCGUAGACGUAAUACUUCAUGUUCUCGGCCAUUGUCAGCCAUUAAUGAUGCACCUUUUGAUCCAUUCGAUUUGUUGGGAAUUGAAAGGGGCGAAAGCGGUCAGGAUAUUUCUUAUGGACAUUUAUUAGUUCCGUCCCGUUAUUUUGGUAAGGACGGUAAAAAGCAUGGUUUAAUUAGCUGCAACACGUCACUCAUCGACAAUCAAAUUGAAGUUACCGGCACAACGGCUCUAAAAAAUCACGGUAUUGCAAGCACAAAAGUCAUGACGAGGCAAAAAGGCAAAUGGUGUUUCACUUAUGAUAAUAAUAAUCGUAAUAACGCGGCCAGUCCCGUUCCGGCAGAUAUAAAAUUAGACUAUGAUGAAUCUCUCGACGGUAGUCGAAGUUUGCAGUUUCAAGCAUAUUCUGCUAACAUUUUGGACGAUCCGGAAUUAAUAGCUGGCAAACAUCGUACUCUGUUAACUUUUACAUCAUAUAUGACAUCGGUGAUCGAUUAUGUUAGACCUUCGGAUUUAAAAAAGGAACUGAAUGAUAAAUUUAAAGAGAAAUUUCCUCACAUACAAUUGACGUUAAGCAAACUGCGAAGUAUUAAACGUGAAAUGCGUCGCAUCAACAAAUUGGAUAGUCGCAUCGAUUUAGUUACUAUAUCACAAGCGUACGUUUAUUUCGAGAAACUCAUUUUAGCCAACUUAAUUAACAAAUUCAAUCGGAAAUUGUGUGCUGGAGCUUGUCUUUUAUUAAGCGCCAAAAUGAAUGAUGUUAAGGGAGAUCUUCUGAAAAGUCUUAUUGAAAAAACCGAAAACGUAUUUCGUUUAAAUCGCAAAGAAUUAAUAGCCUCUGAGUUUGCGGUAUUAGUGGCUUUGGAAUUUAGUUUACAUGUUCCUAUGCAUGAAAUUCUACCCCAUUAUCAACGUUUACUCUACGAAUCCUAGGAUUGGCCUAAACGCUUGAUUGACAAGCGUUUUCUAACCACCGCGGCCAGUACAUCUAAAUAUUAUUUAAGGCGUUGUGCUAGUAAUAAAAAAUAAAGUUUGUCUUUUAAAGGAAAAGUAAAAAUGUAAAAGCAAUAAAAAAAAAAUUAAAUGAUUUUUUCACACAAUAAAAGCAAUGGUUUUGGGUGAGAAAAAAGUUCAUAUAAUAACAUAAUAAAAAAUUGGUAACGAAACAAUUUUUAAUAUGAAUGAAAUUCACACACAAAAAGCACAAACAGCAGCAUAAUAAUAACAUAGUAGUCAUUUAUAAACUAUUAUUUAACGAUUAAGCGAUUUCAAUAACAUAAAAUAUAAACUAAAUGAAAAAUUUUUUAAACGAAUCUAAAAAAUUAAUUGAUAAAC